CACUAUGAACGAAGAGCAGUUUGUGAGCAUCGACCUGGACGAUGACAACGUCUGCAGCGUCUGCAAGCUGGGGACCGAGAAGGAGACCCUCUCCUUCUGCCACGUUUGUUUCGAGCUGAACAUCGAAGGAGUACCAAAGUCGGAUCUUCUACAUACAAGGUCUUUAAGGGGACACAAAGACUGCUUUGAAAAAUUCCACUUAAUAGCAAAUCAGGACUGUCCGCGAUCAAAGCUCUCUAAAAGUCCGUAUGCAGAAGUGAAAAAUAUCUUGAGCAAAAAAAUUAACUGGAUCAUACAGUACGCACAAAACAAGGAUUUAGACUCUGAUCCUGAAAGCUCAAAACCAUCCCAGCAUCAGCUUUUUAACUUCAGACAUCAGACUGAUAGAAAAUUACUCCCACAAUUUGACUCCCCGGUACCUAGAUACUCUGCAAAAUGGAUAGAUGGGAAUCCUGGGGGCAUCUCGAGCUGCUCGCAGACUCUUUUGGAACAAAGAGAAUCCACUGAUUUCAGACUCGGUGUGUUACAAGAAGCAGGUGCUACCUUCUGUUGCAGCAGUGUUCUGUGGUCUAAUCACAACCAGGCCCAGAAGGCUGAAAAAGCCAAAUGUGAUUCGCUUACCAGUGUUUGCAGAAGACAUCCUCAAUACAGCAGGGAAGAAUUGACUAUGAUGACUCCCGGAGAGUUGAAGCAACUUAAUGAAAAACUGCUCAAGCAAAUCCAGGAUGUCUUUGAAGAGCUGACGCGGCAGGUCCAAGAAAAGGACUCUUUGGCCUCAGAGCUCAACGUCCGUCAUAUUGCUAUUGAGCAGCUGCUGAAGAACUACUCCAAACUGCCGUGUCUACAGAUGGGACGGGCAGGGACCAAGUCAAAUGUCCCCAUAUAAAGGGAAUACAGCUUCUGUCCCCCUAUACAGCUAACUUUCCCUAACAGCUUUGAUAACCA